AUGCUCCGUACGAAAGCGGAGUACGAGGUGGCCUUUAAAUAUCUGAAAGAUUCCAAUGUGGAAUACUUCACUCAUGGCAUCCCCGGUGAGAAGCCCUUCAAGGUAGUCAUCAGGGAUCUACCAAACUUCGACCCCAAGAUGAUCGAGGCUGAAAUCAAGAGACUGGUGCACUUCCAGAAGGGAACGGUGACGCUGAAUGCGCUGCAGGCUAUCCGCUCAAUCUACUCCAUAAUCAUACGAUGGGAGCCAUACCGUGGCGGCUAUCGUGACGUAACGCAGUGCCAGCAGUGCCUUAAUUUUGGACACUGUACCCGCAACUGCAACAUCAAGCCACGCUGCAACAACUGCGCUCAAGAACACGCCACUUCCAACUGCCCUGCGUAUGAAGCCGUAGUGUUAAAAUGCGCCAACUGUGGUGGUGCUCAUCACGGUUUCGUCAGACAGUGCUCCAAACGCAUCCGAAAACAGGCGGCAACUAACAACCAACCAGGACGCAAGAAGGACAAAGUCCCGGCAUUUCGGACGGAGGAUUUCCCGCCUCUUCGUGCUCCUCAGCAAAGGCAAGCUAAUUCGCAUCAUACAAAACUUAUAUCAACAGUUGCUCUGACAGCGCUCGUAGCGGUUUGCAGUGGGCAAACCACCAACUAUUGUACCGCGGGCUUAUGUUCAGCUGGUAAAACUCAUAUUGCGUGCAAUGGGCUGACAACUCUCAGCAGUACCUGUGGGGCAGGUGCUUCUGAAGCGACCCUGGACAGCACUAAGAAGAACUUGAUCGUGAACGUUCACAACCAAUUGCGUAACACUGUCGCCCUGGGAAAACAGGCCAACGGUGCGGGCCAAUAUUUCAAUCAAGCUGCCAAGAUGGCUACGUUGCAAUGGGACCAAGAGCUGGCCGAUAUCGCUGCUGCCAAUGCAAGAAGUUGCGUUUUUGGACAUGACAAGUGCCGCAAUACGGCUACCAUGAAAUACGUUGGCCAGAACAUUGCCAUGUCUUCGUACUCCGGUAUGAGCUUUACCGAUGAGCAAUUAAUAACCGGGUUUGUCAACAAUUGGUUCAAAGAAAAUAAGGAUGCUACCGCAUUGCAAAUGGCAAGCUAUCCUGCUAAUUAUAAAGGCCCUACAAUCGGUCACUUCACCCAGGUUGUAUCGGAUCGCUCGAGCAAGGUGGGAUGCUCUUUGGUGAGCUACAUUCAGGACGAUUUCGUCAACCAGCUGUUUGUGUGCAACUACGGGUUAACCAACAUUGUCAAACAACCAGUCUACGUGGCAGGAACGGCGUGCUCCAAAUGUACUACCGGUUGUAAUACCGCAUAUCCCGGCCUGUGCAGCGCAGCCGAACCCAUUACCAACAACCCCUAAGUGGAAAGGAUGUAAAUUUAUGAAUCGUUGUUGUGUUUGAACAUGAAAAAAAAAAGUGAAUCAAAUUGUG